AUGCCACCCAUCAACUCAAAGCGCUACAUUCUCAACGUCGUUGAUUUUGCCACCCGCUAUAUCGUGCCCGCAGCAGUUUCGUCCACGUCUACGGGCGACGUUAUCAAGCAUUUGCACAAUGUGUUCUACAUUUACGGCACGCCAGACCACUGCCUCUCGGACCAUGGCUCAGCCUUCGAAUCCAAUGAGUUCAAGCGCUUCAUGAGUCUUCAUUCAGUGGAGCUCCAUUUCACAACUGCCUAUCGUCCUGAGGGCAAUGGCUUAGUCGAGAGGAGCAAUGGAACUCUCCUGGCAGCUCUCCGCAAGAUCUGUGCAAUGGAACCACUGUCAUGGCCUACCAAACUUCAAGAGGCAGCAUUUGCAGUAAACACGUCCAUGAAUGCCAGCACGAACUUUACGCCAUUUCAGCUUCUCUAUGGCUACGUACCGAAGAUUCCACUCCAACAACAUCGUCCGUUCCAGCACUCCGCUCUUGCCGAGCGCAUCCUCGACACAACAGUGCAGCGCUCCGAAGCAGCCGCCAAUUCUGAAGCAGCUCAAAGUGCACGCAAAGAGCGCUACGACCGCAGCCACCGUUCUCACACCUUUACCGUCGGUGAUCUGGUCUGGGUGAGACGACAGGCUCCGGUUGCCAAUGAGAAAAUGGCACCUCGCUUCAAUGGUGUUUACCGCCUCAUCGAGCAGCUUACACCAUCCACAUUUAGGGCUUUACGUGUGUCAUGCUUGACAUCUCGUUUGGUUAAUCAACCACGAACGGUGCACGUGUCCCAGCUUAAGCCUUAUGUACCACCAGUUUCUCCAGUGACCGAGCAACAGCCCGCCGUCAAUGCAGAGCCCACGCCUGCCUCAGGAGCAAAUGUUGUCGCCUCUACAGAGCAGCAACAGCCUCAACGGCCUCAACGCACUCGAUGUCUACCGAGCCACCUCGACGGCUUUGUGCUCGAGUGA